GAGGGGCGGGGCCGGCGCGGGGGUGACAAGAUGGCGGCGGAGCCGGUGGAGCUGCACAAGCUGAAGCUGGCCGAGCUGAAGCAGGAGUGCCUGGCGCGGGGGCUGGAGGCCAAAGGCAACAAGCAGGACCUGAUCCAUCGGCUGCAGGCCUACCUGGAGGAGCACGCCGAGGAGGAGCCCAACGAGGAGGACGUGCUGGGAGAGGAGAUCGAGGAGGAGGAGCCCAAGGCCCCGGAGCCGCCCGUGAAGGUGGAGGAGGCGCCGGUGAAGUCGCCCGACGUAAUCCAGGAGAAGAAAGUGGUGAAAAUCUCCUCAGAAAUCUCCCAGAUGGAGAGGAUGCAGAAAAGGGCCGAGAGGUUCAACGUCCUCGUCAGCCUGGAGAGCAAAAAGGCAGCGAGGGCAGCACGGUUUGGCUUGGCCACGGUUCCCACAAAAGGGCUCUCAGCAGACUCCAAACCCACGAUAAACCUGGAAAAGCUCAAGGAAAGGGCUCAGAGGUUUGGCCUCAACGUCUCCUCCCUCUCCAAGAAGGUGAGAUUUGGGAAUUCCAGGAAUUUUGGGAAUUCUGGGAAUGCCAGGGGAUUUUGA